GGUAUUGUAAAGGUUGACGAUAGGUUGUGUACGCCUCGACUUACAAGCUCAGGUUCCAGACGUUGACUUAUCAUCACAGCUAUUCACAUACCCUAAACCCUGCAAGUUACGAGUACUUGGAAACAACACCAUAGUACAUUAUAGUGCAGAUAGUUGCCUUGAUAUCGGAUACUUAUUCGGAUAAACACCUUCCUGGUCUUGAAAUGGCGAUAGAACCUGGGACUGUCAUCGAUCUGAUAGCAUCCGCGUUGCCCCCUGCCUGCCGGUGGCACCCACUUCCAGCGGAUAGGUCUAUGUAGUCCCUACAUGGAGACUCCGCAAGGGGCACCUGUGACGGAGGGGACACCCUAAACGGCAACCAGGUGCCACCAGUGCAUCGCCCCGUUGCAGCCAGAGCAAACGCCAAACCCAUUCUUUCUCCUCUUAAUUACCUACUCUUGACGGCGCCACGACCUAGAGACAUGAUCACCACUCUGGCAUCAUCUCUCCAUUUCUUUUCCGGUUAAAUACGACGAUUUUGGGCUCUCCCUCUUCACGACCGUUACGCUUUCCAUUCCUUUGUCCGACUCUUCGACUCGACUUCGUUGCGAAACUGACGAUAGACCUGCCCCUCCUGGCUUUGCUCAUCAUACACGGCGUCAUCACCAGCGUUUUCUUCGAUACUCUAGGCCGCCUCUCCACGCAUACUCCUCACUAAUCGACGGGACUUACUGCCUCUAUUUCUCUUCAAGGGACGACCGCCGUUCAGGCUUCUUGUAGCCUGCUUCAGUCCUUACAUAUCACUACAUCACGAUCCACGAUGACCGAACCCGCGCGCCGCCAGACAGUCCCUUUGACCUGCCAUGGCCACUCGCGGCCUGUCACCCACUUGAGCUUCUCCCCACUUGAAAAGGAAGAUUCCUACUACAUGAUCUCUUCUUGCAAAGAUGGCAACCCAAUGCUCCGCGACGGCCAGACUGGUGAUUGGAUCGGCACCUUUCUAGGGCACAAGGGAGCUACAUGGCAAGCAAGGCUCAGCCCUGAUGCAUCGACCGCUGCCACCUCGUCUGCGGACUUCAGUGCCAAGAUCUGGGACACCCACACCGGCGAACUGCUCUAUGUCCUCAAGCAUGACCAUAUUGUCCGCGCCAUUGCCUAUCCGUACGAAAACUCCGGACUGCUGGCAACUGGCGGAUACGAGAAGAAGCUUCGCAUCUUUGACCUGGCGGAUCAGAGGCCGGCUACUUCACCAUCGGGCACCAGUCCCGAACCAGUCACAAUUGACGCAUCCAAAGCCUUUGAGAUUGGCGAAGGGGUACACAAAGAUAUCAUCAAGUUCAUCGUCUGGGCUCGCGACCCCAACGUAAUCAUCACCGCGUCUGGCGACACGCUGCGCUGGUUCGAUCUUCCCUCUCGUCGUUGUGUGCGUGAGGCGAAACUGGAAGGCGAGAUCAAGUCAUGCGAGCUGGUUUCACUUGCGCCUUCGCAUAGCGCUCCCACCGAUAUCGGUGGCGGUUUGCCUGUCCUGGCGGUGGCUGCGGGAAAAACCGCCUAUUUUUGGGGUGGAAGCCGAGCUGAGGAUGAGCUCAAGAGGAUCACGCUUCCCCAUGGAAUUGCUAGUGUUGGGCUGGACCUAAAGGGUAGAAAAUUUGUUGUUGGCGAAGAACCGGGUACUUGGGCUCGCGUCUACACCUGGGACGAGGGCCAGGAAAUCGAUGUGCACAAGGGUCACCACGGCCCCAUCUGGUCCAUUGCGUUCUCUCCCGACGGCAAUUUGUAUGCAACUGGGUCAGAGGAUGGCACAAUCAAGAUGUGGAAGAACUGUGACGGCUAUUACGGGCUCUGGCGUGGGGGUGUAUCCGGCAGUGGCACCGACUAGGAGAAGAAGCAUCAAUGCCCCGAUUUUGGCUCAGCGAAGGAGUACUUUUCCCAACAGACGACGGGUGUAUUCAAGGAUAUCACCAACCAAGGCGUUGCUACGCCUGAUGUUCUUGAUCUUCUGAGCUUCGAGGUUCCGGUCACAUCGGCCGUGAAUCCUCACUCUGAUCUCCUCAGCUAUUCGCCAAACAAGUACGAUAAGCCCCUUUCACCCGUCCGUCCGAGGCGUCACGCCAAUAAGGCAUCUCCUCUCAGGUUUGAGAUUGAUGUCGAGUCACCCUCCGAUACCACUUCCGACCUUUUGCUCAGCUAUUCGCCGAACAAGUACGAUAAGCCCUUGUCGCCUGUUCGUUUGACGCGCAAUACCAGACCGGCAUCCACCCUGCGUUGAGCUAUGCUCGAAAUCGGCUUGAAGCCACAAAGCACAUACAUAUUGGGAUGUGGCUAGGUACCUCUGAAUAUGCUUUAUUCUUCUCGACAGCAUCUGGGCUGGCAAGGUCUUCCAAGGGUAUUGCUGCUAUGCCAAGACAUACCCCGUUGCGCAAGGUAGAUGAAAGAAAUCGUGAUUAUGGAUGGUAAGGGCACUUGUAUCAGAAGAUAGACUUCCCGUAUAUGCUGGAUUACGUGGGAUCAUCUUAUCUUAUACCAUGCUGGUUAUUAUGCUUUGCUCAUUUGUGUUUACCAGAUCAGGAGGUGAAGAUGUCGACGGGGUCAUAAUUCGUUGGUGUUGCCCACUCGAAACUCGACGAGAACAUGGAAAUACCAAACAAUUAGAAAUUCGCAUAGUGUUCCCAGCCAAAGUGUUGUGAUCCGAUUCGUUCAGUGGCGAGAUUCACACGCUUGAUCGAGCAAUGACCAGACGACACAUUACAUC